AAUCAAAUUUCGUUUUCUGGCCUCAAAGUUCGUUUCUUCACGAACAGCAAAGAUUCAAUGAUGUUUGUCAGUUGAAAAAUGGGUCAAUAUAGCUAUUCGGAUAGACAGGUAGUGCGGUAUCUCGAGUAGCAAAUAUGGACUCAAUGUGUUAUUUACAACAUCGGACUUUGAUCAAUAUUCGUAGCUCUGCGGUGAACUGGUAAAAUAUAAUAAAAAUCCGAGUCCACCACGUCGUACAAAUAAAUUGCAUUAUUUUUGUGCAUUGCUAUUGUCACAUGCUGUUGUUGGCACUUGGCGUUGGGAAACAUAGAAAUAUAAUUCAGAUCAUUUGAAUUAUCAUUAGUUUGUGGUAUUAAAAUCGAAAGAAAGAAAAGCAACGGGGGCUUUUGAUUUGGUGCAGAAUUAUACCACACGUCACUGCGGUGAAAUUAAGAGAAAUUUACCUGCGCGGACAUCAUUCUUUCGGGAGAUAUACUGUUACUGGAGGCGGAUAUAGAAAACGUCGGUCAGAUUAUCUUGUCUCAACAAUGGCCUCUAAAACUUUGGUUUUUGUUAUCACCUUGAUUGGUGUAUGUACAACAAUGGUGACAUGCGACCCAACCACUUCCGCCGGACCGUCAACAUCACCUACAACAAAUGACCCAGCCACCACAGCAGCAGCCACGUCUCCCGAUAGUACAACGGCGACAUCGGAGAGCCCGACCACCACUCCAAAUUCGACAUCACAGCCUCAGCCGACGGGGACGACGAUGAACGACACAGAAGCCCCUCAGACCAGCACCUCACCGACGGCCACCACAGUACCGCCGUCAACGCCGAAACCGACAACAAAGGCCCCUCCGGAGAUCGGGACAUGGACCGUUGCAGACAGCGCCAAGAAUCUGACGUGUAUGAAGAUGACCUUCAAAGGAACCAUCACUAGGACGAAAAUGACUCCCAUUCUGAUCCCGAUCACGGCUGCUGCAGACUCCUCGACGUGCAGUGAUCAGCAAUCCAGCUUGGUUCUCGAGUUCAACGACGAAAACAUGAUGAGCAUCGAAGUCGUUCUCAGCUUCGUCAUGCAAGACAAGAAGACAUCGUACCUCUGGUCAUCGUCGAUUACGUACAAUCAAACAAAAGAGGAACAGGUCCAGGUCCUGUUUGAGACCCCCGUUGGUCAAAGCUAUCAGUGCAAUAAGCAAGUCGUUCCGCUCGGAGCAACAUACAGCCUCACUUUAGAAGACAUGCAACUCCAGCCGUUUGCUUCUUUUGCUAAUCAUGACUUUGGAAAAGCUUACUCAUGUGUGCCACCGCCCAGUGGACCUAACGCCGCGGUCAUUGUCGGGUUGGUUCUCGGAGGUAUCAUAUUCAUUCUCCUGGUUGCCGUCAUCUGCUUAUACAGGAAAAAGAAAGGACCGGGAAGAGGCUACAACAAUUUUUCGUAAAACCUUAAAUUUCAGGCAAUGUUUUUCGUUGACGAAUAACAAUUUUAAGAAUCCCGGUUGGUGCGUCGCAAAGCUGUUCGUAAAUUACACACGACUGUAUCCACGACUGGUGACCACAUCUUGUGCCAAAAUAUACAUCCCUAUGUUGCUGAUGUAGCACCUAAGAAAAGGUUCAAGUCGUGUGUAAAGUAACUUUACGAUAACUUCAUGAUAAGCUUUAUGAAAAAAACACCGCCCCGACCCCCCCCCCCCCGCCCACUUUCUCCUAGGUUGCCACUGACGAAAAACUUGCCUACUCGAUAAAGCCUGAUCAAGAUAUUUUUCAGCGUGAUUGGUCUUGCUUGAUAAUGUGAUUGUAGUCAUGUGCUCAAAUAAUUUUCAAAUCUUUCGCACACGUUAAAAAUAUUCUAGUUGGUAUAAUGAGAUUGACACCGAUCAUCGUCUUUAACGAGCUCAACCGAACAGGCCGAAAAUAUGGCGCUUUCGCAACCGCGACGGAGAACGCUUUCAAGAACAUAGAAAAUAUAUUGUCAAAUGCCCUACAUGACAAAUGACAACCAAGAAGUCUUUGUCGAAAGUCUGUCAAUCAAACCAGCAGUUUCGUCUUUGAUUCUGGAAACUUUGAACGACAUAAUUUAUCUGGAUAUUUUCGUCAGCUUUGAAACUUAGGAUGAAACUGCUGUUCCGGUUCACCAAUUUUCGACAAAGACCUGCCAACUGAUUUUUGACAGGCAUUUCUCUUAAAUCCAUGCCCGUUGCAGUUGUGAGAACAACAGUUCGGCUGUGGAAACCUAUAGCAUUAUGAACCUCGGCCUAUAUGCACAAAAUCUGUCUGCAAUCCGUUUUGGAAAUAAAAAUGAUCAGCUCGAUCGCUUAGCUUAAUUGCUCUCUCAAAUGUAUUCGCUUGGAUACAAUUAUUAAUAUUCUGUUGUUCGGCGUAAUUACUACACUAGUGCGAUUCCGUACACAAUUAAUUUAUCGACUUUAUUAACGCAUCAUAUUUGAAAGGAAAAACACGAUUUCCUGAUUAUAUGCACUAAAAAAUAUAAGCUUGCAAUAAACGUAACAUAAUUUUCCUGGAAAAACGAUUGUGUGCAAUUUUCAUGGUUUUUUUUUCAAAUGAUCUUGUCUUGGAUGAUAGUGUAAAUGUACUUUGAAGAUGAUAGAUUAUGAGUCAUAAUUUGAGAAUUCAUUGGUUUUAUUCUUUCACACGUCACCAGAAUAUCUUGCAAUUAUGUCGUAAUAUAUUUUCACAUUUUAAAAGUUCCAUAUGUUUAUGCAUGUUUAUGAAUCAAUAGUGCGAGGAUAAUGUUUAUGUUUUUAUUGAAUGCUUGACAAUAGUUAAAUUGAAUUGAAUUGAAUAUAAAUUCACCCUUUCUUAGACCACGACUGAUAAUUCUUCUGCUUUUAUUUUUAUUUUUUACAAUAGCAUGAAUAGAGAAAGUCGUGUUUUAUGUUCGUUGAAUCUUAUUGCCAAAAUUAUUAUUUCAAGAGUUACAUUUUGCAAUGUAUCUAAAGGUUAUUCUGUUAAGAGCUUAUCUAGAUUAGUUCUUAGAAUCUAUGUUCUAUCAAUUUGUUACGUUACUUGAGACUUUUCUUUUCAUUCCCUUUACCAUGUUUACUGAUAAGAUCUCUACACUGUAAGGGAUGAAAUUUCGAGGUAUAGACAUCAUGCGUUCAUUUAAAGCUUUAACAUUUUGACUUAUUAUACCUCAUUUUUUAUUUGUUGGCUGGGAUAAGAAUUCACUUGCACCCAUCAUAUUCCUUCUUUCAUUCAACAUUAUAGUUAAUAUUAUUACAAUAAUUUCAUGGUAUUGGUAAGACCACACUUUCAUGGACUGCAUGUUGCCAAAUCAUUCUCCAAUAUAUACUGAUCGUUUUUAGCUUGCAGUGAAAAGCGUGAUAUGACGAAAAGGGGAAAAAGUACAACACGAAUUUCAGGGAAUUAUUUGGUAUUUCUUUUGAAUAUUGAAUAAUGUGAGUCCUGGCAUUAUAUAGAAGCGUGGAGUCCAUUUCUGUUAGCAAAAGGUAUAUCAUGCAUGUACUUUAGUCAUCAACUUAUUUAAGCUGUUCAUUUCAAUUGUCAUUUCAAGUCAUAAGAGUAAUUCAAUUAGUUAUAGAUAUUUCACCGUGUUUACUGUUAUCUCAUCUUAUUGUUGUGUGUUUGUCGUGUACAUAUAGGCCUACUUUAUGCACUAUCUAACCUAAUCUAUCUAAAUCUCGGUCACGCUAUUAUUAAGGAGGAGGAAUUAUUUCAUAUUGUUAAUAUUGUAAGGUCAUGACCCUAAUUUAAAAAAAAAUGAUUUCGAUUUUACGAUGUUUGCAUUAUUAAACUUUUUCGCGGUUCGAUAUAUCUUUACGUGAAGAUUUGAUCGGCCUAUAAUAGGCAUGCAGUGCUAACAGAAAAUAGGGAAAUGGGUUCUCGUUUCCAAAAGGAUAAAAAUGUUAUCACCUACCCAUUAUUUCCCUGUCAAAAAUCUUUCAAGCAAAAAAAUAAGCAGAUGAAAAGGUUAAUUAAAAAUGUCGUCACCUAAAAAAAUUGACUAUUUUCAUACUCGCUUCAAAACGUGAGCACAUGAGGGAGCACUUUUCAUAAUUGUCUACACAUUGUGUACAACUUUAUAAGCAGGCUUAUGCCCCUUGUCACCCCCUCCCCCCAUCUGUCUUUCUCAAACUAUUACCACUUUUGCACAAUCUAGGCUAUGAGCAAGUUAAUACUUUAUUGAGUUAUUUGUUGUUGUUUUUUCCUUUUGCAGAAUUUGUUGUUUUUCUUGCUUGAUUGUUAGUUUGUUUUGUGGUUUUCAUUAACAGAUAAUGAAAUAUUUUAUAAUAAUCAAUAAAGUGGAAUUAUUUUACUGACA